AUGCAAGAUUCUCAUUGUUUACUUCUUUUGAAUGUGAUUGGAGAGUUUUCUACAAUCCUCAAGGUUGGUAUCAUGCCAAGGUUGAGUUGGUGCCAUGAAAGGGUUCUUGGAAAACUUGAAGAUGGAAGAUUGUCUUGUUUCAAGUGGCUGCGUUCUUUUGGGGAAGAAAUUGCUAACUUUCAGCUUAAAUUCGAGUCUAACAGGACAUCUCUUGGAAUUUUUCUUAUAGAUAUAAAUUGUGUUAAAAUUCCAGACCAAGAGGAGAUGUAA